AGCCAAAAAUUCAGGAGUUGUUCUACAAGCUUAAGCUGCGCCUCCUUCCUGGCAAAGCAACGCGGCCAAUCACAGCACUUCGCCCGCUUGCGUGCACGGCGACCGAGAGAAAACUAAUCACCCCUUGCAAUCGAUCAACAGGCGAAAGCUCCCUCUAUAUAAUGAGCAGAGAGUAGGCAAGCAAAGACCAAAACAUCGGAUCAUUGAUACACACAGAGCAACCUCAUCUGCAUUCUGCCACAAGCUCGUUCGCCAGCCAGCCAGCUUCUUCACUCAACCGAUAUCUCGCUCGCUCGACACCGGAAGACAUGGAGGAUGCCCUCAUGAUGUCGCCAGAGCUCCGCGACGUGCUGGCCAAAGUGGUCGCGUUCAUCCUCGUGCAGGGGCUCGUCUACCUCAUCCUCACCAACUCCUCUGACGUCUUCUCCAAGAACAAGAUUCUCAGGUCCCUCAGCUUCCGGACCAUGCGCUCCAUGAGAGUGCGGCGCCUCCUCGCGCCGCUCUCCGACGUCCCCGUCGGCACCGACGACCUGGGAUCCGCGCCGCCGCCUUCUCCGUCGUAUCUUUCCAGGUCGUGCUCGUCGCGCCGCGGGGGUGACCGCCAGGACUAGGAUAAGAGGUGCCUGCAUUGGAGCUAGCGAGUGCUAAAAUUAGCUCUGACCGGAUGAGUAGCUUUGGUAGUUCCGAACUGUCACUUCCAUUGAUGAUGUUCAUUGAGUAUUUGUGUUGAA